ACCCCAGGAUGGCAGCAAACCCGCAGAGACCAGCCAGCCGCAGUCGAGUACGACGGGCUACAGCCAGCCCAGCCUGGGCUACGGACAGAGCAACUACAGCUACCCGCAGGUGCCUGCCAGCUACCCCAUGCAGCCGGUCGCUGCGCCUCCCUCCUAUCCGCCUACCAGCUACCCCUCCACACAGCCGAGCAGUUACGAUCAGAGCACUUACUCCCAGCAGAGCACCUAUGGGCAGCACAGCACCUACGGACAACAGACCAGCUACGGCCAGCAAAGCAGCUACGGCCAGCAGCCGCCGCCCACCAGUUACCCGCCCCAGACGGGAUCCUACAGCCAGGCCCCGAGCCAGUACAGCCAGCAGAGCAGCAGCUACGGCCAGCAGAGCUCGUUCCGCCAGGACCAUCCGAGCAGCAUGAACGUGUACGGGCAGGAAUCCGGAGGCUUCUCAGGCCCAGGAGAGAGCCGGAACAUGAGCGGCCCUGAUAGCCGGGGCAGGGGCAGAGGGGGAUAUGAUCGCGGAGGCAUGAGCAGAGGUGGGCGGGGAGGAGGACGCGGUGGAAUGGGGUAA